AUGACCAUAGACGUGAUCAUGACCAUGACCAUGACCAUGGCCGUGAUCAUGACCAUGAUCAUGACCAUGAUCACCAUCAUGAUCACGAUGGAAGAGAUGGAAGAGAUGGAAGAAAUGGAAGAAAUGGAAGAAAUGGAAAAAACGGAGGAAAAGGAAACACUAAUGUUCAAGUCUUCAUCGAGCUGAAGAAAGCCACAAAUGGGAAACCUGUUGCGCAGGCUUAAGAAAUAAUCUGUCGUUUCAUUGCAUUUCUUUGUUUGAUAUAAAGCAGGUGAAAAAUGUGGUAUUUUUUUGUCUUUGUACAAAGUGCAACUGAAAUGAAAGCCUAUCUUUUAAAUUGUUAGAAAAUCCAUCGUUCAUUCACCACAGGCUUCAGAAAAUAUACGAAUUCGCGAGUGAAAAGAAGAAAAUUUCGUUAUUCCCAACACUAAUGAAAUGGAGUGAAGACAAUAUACAUACAUCUUCUUCAAACAUCUAAUAUUUGUACUUGUUUUUGAGCACUAGAAGCCGUAAUCGAAGCGGUCAUAUUUUGUACAAUAAUUCAGAUGAUAUCUCAUUGACAAUAUCAACGAGUUGAGUUCAACAUUGAAGUUUCUAAAGCUCUUGAAAGAGUUACGCGUCAAGACGUUCCAUGUGCGACCAUCUGCGUCAAAGUUGGGACGAAUUACAUGUUUCUGAACUAUUGAACUCUCCUUAUCGGAGCAGCCGUAUGUAUCAAAAAAAAUUUUUUUCCUAUAAUGUUCGAAAAAAAGUUUUUAUUUUUCCUUAAUGCUUCAGUCCAAGGAGACAAAAAAAUUUAAGAAAUCAUGGGUUGGUAGUAAAAAAAUAAAAAAAUAUGAGCCUUUUCCAAAAACUUUUUGUGUCGGAAACUUCUACCAGCAAGCUUGAAUCGUUCUUUCUGUAGAUUUUUCGGCAUGAGAGUUCUUUUGCUGCUCAUUUUCUAUGUUUUCUUCACAGUUUUCUCCACGAAUGGGUUCGUUUUGUAUCCUAUUAUGAUUUUAAAAAGCGAACCGUUUUCGGACUUGCAAAAAAUAAAUCGCCCAGGAUGAUUAUCUUCAAGUCCAGUACUUACACGAUUUACAAGAUUUUUUCAAAACCCUAAUCAAAAUCAAGGAACAACCAUUUCGGCCAUCACAGUUGGAGAUAUCCGGCUCGGCAUCGCCAAUGGAAUUUUGCGGGCAGAAGCGACAAAAACCCAUACGAACACCGUCGCUAUCAUCUAGAAGGUUUCGAAAAAAAAAAGUUAUGCUCUACGAUCGAAUAAUUCUCAAUGUAGGACGUAACAGCCUCUGUGGCGCGAAAAAAAGAUCCGAAAAAAGUAUUGAUUUGAAAAAAAUUUUAUUUUUAUUUUUCGAAAAAAAACCUUUUCCAUGUGAUUAUAAUUUUUUUUUAACUUGAACUGAACUGAAAUAUCAAUUCGAGAAAACAUGAAUAACAGUAAACGUCUACAUGGAGAAGAACGUGGAGUAAUUACCUAAAACCAGAUCCAAUCACUACGGUAGUCAUGCGACCGCUGCGUUUCAAAUUCGACUCAAUUGACUUUAAGAACACCUUCAAAACCAAAAUUGUCUAUCAAAAUGUUUUACUUUUUCUCAGCUUUAAGUGAUUUUCAAAAAUUGUUUUCAGAUGAUCGGGACAGGGAUCAUUUCCGAACUCACAACCGAGAGCAGUAUAGACCAAAAGCUGAGGAAGUAGCCACCACCGAAAAGCCGACUACAACCACGGCCAGGCCUUCGCCAACAAUAACGACGACCUUGUCCAUGACAACAACUCCCUACAUUGAGCGCCCAGUUAUCAUCGUCCUUCCACGACACAGACAUCGACGCAACGGAACUUCUGAGCCCAUAGAAAUCGAAGAGACAAAUACAGUCGUCGAGAGAAUCAAGAAGGAUAUCGACGAGACUGCCAACUCUGUGGCUGUCGCGGAAACCGCCGCUGGUCGGGCCACCAACAGAACUAAGAUUUCGUUCGCUGCCAACUCCCACAAGGUCGCCCACGAUAAUCGUGAGCACAUCAUCACCAAGCACAGGAUUAUUAGAAGGCCCUGA